GUGGCGUCCGCGUCCGGUCGCACGAGAACGUGUGGCUAUUGAAUCGAGUUAGGCAUUUCGAUCGCACAACAAUGCGCCCGCGCACUGCGACAGGUCGCGCGGACCGUAAUACGUUUUCAAAACAUUGUUCACGUUCGAUUGUUGCAAUUUGAAAAAUCCACCACAAAACGACCAAACAGUCGCCCAGUAUUCACAAACACACCGACAUCACAACGACCUGCUGAACGUUAGUGCUGCUACUCAAUCGUGUUACAGACGUGAUUAUUAAUCAAAGAUGUAGUGUGGGUGUUGUGUCGUUUUUGUUCAAGUUUGCGUUUGGACAGUUCCUGAAUAACAAUGAUUACUCAAAUAAUAUUUUUUGUCAGUAUGGUUGUGGUAGCGGCUGCGCUUCAAUUUUCUAUUAAUCCCACAUCAGAUAUGUCAACCGAGGAAAAACUUUUACACAAAGGAAAUAAAACAAUGGAACAAUCUGAUGAAAGUGGCCACGAAGUUGAAACAGAAUUGGAAGAAAAGGACAAAAAAUUUUUAGACGACGCGAUGAAAACUAUAUUGGACCCUAAUUCUAUAAUUUUAAAGAACAACAAUGAGAUUGAUAAUUUUCGGCUUAAAUUAGAUGAAAUAGAUAAAGAAAAUAUGACACUUGAAGCGUUUAUGGAGGAAAUGGAUAAGCUUAGUUUGGAUGUUUGUAAAACAUCGCAAGAAGCUUUAUGGUCAUAUGUAACUGAUAUUAACAGCGAGAACAAAAAGAACAGGAUGAUACGAAUAGCAGCUGAAGAAGAUGAAAUUAAGAAACAGUACUGGAAUAUACUGAAAAAUAAAUAUUUAAAUGACUAUCAGAUAAUCAACGAACCUAAUUUGCAAAGGAAGUUUAGAAUUGUUAAGGAACGUGGGACCAAUGUGCAGAUGCCUCAGAGCAAGCAAAGAGAAGAGAUUGAUACAAUGCAAAGAAUCUGGAGUAGGGUCACAGUGUGUGCUUACAACGCCACGUCGUGUGAUGCUGAUGAUUCUGUACGAACAAUGAGUGAUAUAAUAACAGUAUUUAAAACUAGCAACGAUACAAAAGAACUGGCUUAUUACUGGAAAGCUUAUCGAGACACGACCGGGAAGAAAAUACGACCCAUCUUCAAGGACUAUGUGAUGCGGAUGAACAAAGUAGCCGAAUCCGAGAAUUUUACCGACGCUGGAGACAUGUGGCGUUAUGCUUUUGAAGACGAUCACUUCAUGGAAACAGUUGACAGAAUAUGGAGAGAGAUCAAACCGUUUUAUGAUUUGCUUCACAAUUACGUUAGGAACAAAUUGAAAGCGUUUUAUAGAGACGAUUUAAAGAAUGGUGACAAGUUUAUACCGGCUCAUCUUUUAGGAAAUCUUUGGGCUCAAGAAUGGCAGGCUAUUUAUUCUAAAGUAGCCGGAUAUCCUGAAUUAGUCCGCCAAAGAAUUCUUGCUACUGAAACUAUACAUUCUAAGGAUCUUUUUGAUGCAGUAGAUGAGUUUCAUCAAUCACUUGGCUUCGAAAGUGCAAAAGAUUCAUAUGAGGACAUAAAAGAAACGAUGACAACAGCUAAUUGUUUACCUUCCAGUCACGAUAUGUGUGAUGGAGUGCACUACAAGAUUAAAUGGUGUGGUGAGAAAGUAACUGAUGUCGUAGUGGGUUUAUCCAGAGCUGCUCGACUGCUUGGUCACGUUCAGUAUUUCAAACACUAUCGUAAUCUUCCUCCUCUGUACCGGGAUGGGCCUAACCCAGCAUUUCAUGACGCAAUAUCAGACAUUGUGGCAGUACAACUGACAUCGCCAGCCCAUUUGAAGAGUUUGAAUCUAGUGAAAACAGAUGUAGGACCGGAAGUGACCUUGAAUCAUCUUUUAUGGGUCGCUUUAGAGAAAUUUCCGUUGAUGGCUUAUGCUUACGUGUUAGAUAAGUGGAGGUGGAAUGUAUUUAGUAAUGAUACUUUGGAAAACUGGAAUCAGCAUUGGUGGGAUUUGAGGAGGACUGAAACGGGUGUGUCUCCACCAGUGCCUAGGAAUGAGAGUGAUUUGGACCCAGCUGCGAAAUAUCAUGUCGUGUCGCAUGUACAGUACAUAACCUAUAUGGUGUCGCAUGUACUCGAGUUUCAAAUACUUCGCUCUCUGUGCAAAAGGGCAAACCAUACCGGACCUUUGCAUACUUGCUCCAUUUAUGGUGUGAAGGAAGCAGGAAAACUUCUCAGCAUGGGAAUGUCAUUGGGAGCGAGCGAAAAUUGGAGGGCUGUUCUUCAAGUGAUGACGGGUGAAACUGAUUUAGAUACUGCUGGCAUACUCGAUUACUUUUCAACUCUAGAAGAAUUCUUAAGAUCAGAAAACUCGAAGGUUAUUAAAGCAGAAGUCGAAGACAUGGACCAAAGUGCUCCUACUAUUGUUGGUGCUAUUGUUGUUCUCCUGAUCUUACUUAUUAUAAUUCUUUAUUUCGUAAAAAAAUAUAGUUUGUUCAGAAAACUGCUUUCUGUUUGUGGCCUUAGCAAAAACGGAUCAUUAGACAUAGUAACAAAUGAACUCCCUCAAGGCAAGAGAAGUGAAGUUGAAGGUGUAAGUGAAGAUAAAGUGUGACAUUCGUAUUAACUACGUCGAUUUAAGUUAAAAUAUUUAAAGUCUGAAAACAUCUAACAUAAAUCAAUACUGCCUAAUGUAAUAUAAUGAAUACCUAACUUUCCAAUACUACAUUCCCAGACCCAUCUAUCGGCCCACUUAAGUUUAAUCGGUUUGUAACAAAAAUAUAUGUUAGGCUGAGCAAUAAUCUAAUAUAUAAAUUCUCGUGUCACGGUGUGCGUAAUUGAACUACUCCGAAACGGCUCGACUGAUUUACGUGAAAUUUUAUAUGCAUAUUCAGUAGGUCUGAGAAUCGGACAACAUCUAUUUUUCAUCCCCUAAAUGUAAAGGGUGGUCCACCAUUAAAUAUUUUUUUCUUACAAAUUUUGAUUUUAUUUAUUUAUGAUACAUCAUACGAAAAUACAUACAAACCUAAAUUUUCACCCUUCUACCACCAACCCCUAUGUUUUUAUGGCGGUGCAAAGUUCGCUGGGACAGCUAGUAAUAUAUAAAAAACACACGAAAUACAUGGUUAAUAAAUCAGCUUCAAAACUGCUGAAGCUGAUUUAUAAAGAAAAAACAAAACAACAAAACUUUUUGCUCGAUGUAACUUUAAAUUUUUGCUACGGCCCGCCAAACCAAAACUUAAAAUGCUCGCUUGGCCGAUAGAUGUGUCUAGGAUAUAUGUAUUAACAUAAAAUGACAACAAAGUCUAUAAUCCAUUUAACCAAUUCGUUUGACAUUAACAUUUAAAAUAGCCAAUUUGACUAUUGCUAUGUAAUAAAUGAAAUUAUAAUAUUUUAUUGUAUUUUAGACCACUUUAAAAAUACUACACAUAGACUCAUUCAUGAAGAGGGUCGAUUUUUAUAUUUAUGUUCGAAAAAGUAUCCAGUGAAUUAUCUAUAUAAAAAUGCUAGAAUGUUGCUAUUGUUUAAAUUAGUGCGGACUUUAUCAGAGUUGCAUCUAUGAAAUAGCUUUGGAUCAAUUCUUUUAUUCAAAGCCGCAUCCGUUAACAUUGGCCGAGUUUCAUAUUUUCUGAGUUGGGUUACGUAUUUUCCUUAUAUAAUAACAAAGACUGUACUUAUUAACUCACUUAAAUAAGUCGACAAACCUAUAUAACAGUGAUUGGAUAUUUAACGCAUUAUUUUUAAGAUUGCAACGACAAGUGAUAAACAUAAUGUUAUUGACAGAUCUAUUUAUAUCAACUAUAUUACUAACCGACAUGAGAUAUUUAUAUGUGAGUUUGCAACUUGGAAUAUCAAAUUAUGAAUAGGAAAAUUAGUGAGUAUAGAAUAAAAUGAAAGAUAAUUCACUAAAAAUAGUGUUUACAUAUAAGCUACUGUAGAAGCUCAGUUGCAUGGAUGAAAUCGAUUUUCAUCAAUAAACUUUAAUACCUCUCGUCGCAGGUAUUUAAUUAAAAUUAGACAUAUAAUUAAACAUAUUAAAAUGUUAUAUAUUGCUUUUUCAUUUACUGUUUACAUCUUUGACCUAAAUGUUAGAUUUCUAUCGGUGUUCAUUAUUUUGAGAUAAUUUAUUUCAUCAAUUUUAUCAGUCACAACUAGAUUAGGUUAUAGCAUAAGUAGUAGCUAUCUAAAUGUAAUCAUUGUUUUGAAAAUGCAGCUUGUAAAUUAUUAUAGAUUUAAUUUUCUCAAAGAGUGUAUGCGUGCGUGUGGUGUAGUUGAACUUCAAUGGUACUGGAAUAAAACGAUUAUUAUUAUUACUUUUGUUUUUCAUUUUACAACUUGCAACACUUUGUUGAAAAUGAAAUCGAAUUCGAUUCACAAUCUAUUGAGAAAUUUUGUCAUUAUUGCCACAAACUGUUUGCGGUACCUAGUAUUUGUAAAACAUUUACCUCAUUUAGUUUUUUUUUCUUCAAUUUCUAGCUUACUCAGUCUUUUAUACACC